GUCUACUUUCGACUGCCAGAGAGAGACGUCGUUGCAUCGAGCUUCGGCCGCCCCGGUGUUGGACUCGUGACUAUACGCUCGCUCCUGCUUGUGUCUGGUUGUUAUUGGCAAUAGGAGCCAUAGGAGCGGAGCUAUAGGAGUCUGUUGCAGCAGCAGCUCCUGUUUGUUGCGCCGCCGCUCCUCACACACACCCAUCAAAAGAAGCUGUUGGAUGGGGAUCCGACUUUAGUCUUUUGGUCAUCGCUCGACUGUGAACAACAUUCGCGGCGUUCGCCACGACUAACAUCGACAAACAAUUUGCGCACACACAUUUGGGUUGGAAAAUUUGAAAAUUGGUUUCGUUUGCGUCAGUUUUGCAAGUGCUGUGCCGCCAGUUCAUUUGACACUCACGGUCGGUUGUUGAACUCUUCCGGCCGUGGAUGUUUUUGUGGUUUUUGAAUUUUUUGGGGUUUUCCCUCCUCCCUACCCCUCUCCACCCAAAGUGUCCGUCGCUUUUGUGUGUCCGUUUGCAGUUCGACAGUAGAAAGGCUCACCGAUGAUUAUCUGAGAAUUCCGUGUUGAUUGAAAAAAAAAAUAACCAAAUAGAAAUCAGAGUGCGCGAGGUCUCCGCCCAAGUGCUCAAAGGUAACUGCAUGAAGACUCUAGGAGGACAUUCAUUGGGCAGUCCAAGGGAGUUGACAAGCGGCCGCCUGGACCAGUAGCCGCUGGCCGACGGAAACAAAAAAAAAAAUAAAACGGGAAAAAACAAUUUCUUGUUUUUUUCCCGCCGACGAUAUUUUUCUCCCAGGGUGGGGCUUCCGUCCGGCUUAAACUACACGUUGACUCGAACCGGCCAGCAACUUUGCGCCAUCGAGGAGAGAGGAUGAAAGGACGACUGUCAGCCGUGGAUUAUUCUGCUUUCGUUAUUUCGCAUCCGUCUUCAUCCAGUUCCAGCUCUUGCCAUCUGCUGCUCCCGCUGGUCCUCCUGAUGCUCCUGGUCCGGACGCCGGCGGCCGCCACCGCACCGCAACUGGCCAACAGCCCGGCAACAGCGACGACGACGGCCCAACCGCCGCCCAACAACACUCCAUUAACUCUUGAGAGCAGCUACUACAGCAGCCGAACUGUGGGUGUUGAUUACCUGGCGGGAGAUUUGAAACCGACGUCGGUGGCAGACCUUAUGGAGACGUACGACUACGAGCAAUCCAACAAUAAUCCAUCAACGUCGCAGCCUCACGCGACGGCGUCGUCGUCGUCGUCCGACCUGGUGGCCGACGAAACUUUCCUCAUCCGGCAGCAGCAAGUCGACCAGCACCAGCACCACCACCAGCACCCCCAACAGACGGACAUUCCGCUCCAGCUGAGCGACAUCCUGCCGGCCGACCGUCGAUCCUACGACAAGAUGGAACCACCCAAAAGAGAAGGCAAACCCACGACCGUCUUCUUCCACGUAACGGUGAUGAGUCUGGAUUCGAUUGACGAGAGCUCCAUGACGUUUGCGGCCGACAUCUUCUUCUCUCAGACGUGGCAGGAUUAUCGACUGCGGUUCCCGGACAACCUGACAGCCGACUACCGGCUGCUGCCCACCUCCUGGCUCAAUUCCAUGUGGCGGCCCGAUUCCUUUUUCAAGAACGCCAAAAAGGUCACCUUUCAGGACGUCACCAUUCCCAACCACUACAUUUGGCUCUACAAGGAUAAAAGCAUCCUCUACAUGGUCAAGUUGACGCUGAUUCUCUCGUGCUCCAUGAAUUUCCAUCUCUACCCGCACGAUACGCAGCAGUGCGCCAUGAAGAUCGAAAGCCUUUCGCACACGACCGACGAUUUGGUUUUCAACUGGGAACUCAAAACGCCGUUGGUCGUCGACGACCGCAUCGAAUUGCCACAGCUGGACCUCGUCAACUCUGCCAUCGGCGAUUGCCUUCAGGUUUAUUCCACCGGAAAUUUCACUUGUCUGGAGGUGGUCCUGUCCUUCCGGCGCCGAUUGGGCUACUAUCUCUUUCACACGUACAUCCCAACGUGCCUGAUCGUCGUCAUGUCCUGGAUCUCGUUCUGGAUCCGGCCGGAAGCCGUACCUGCCAGGGUCACGCUGGGAGUCACUUCAUUGCUCACGCUGCACACACAGCACGCCAAUUCGCAGAAAGCUCUGCCGCCCGUCUCCUACAUCAAGGCGAUUGACGUGUUCAUGUCGGGCUGCACCGUCUUCGUUUUCAUGUCGCUGAUGGAGUACGCCCUGGUCAACAUUCUGAUGGGCGACAUAGUCGACGGCGAGGAGAGCGCCCUCAAGAAGGGCAUGAAGUCCAUGUUUAUGACGACAGCCGGUGGCGGCAACAACAACAGCGGCGGAAACAACAGGAGCGGCGGAUCCACCCGGAUGCCGACCACCACCAGUCAACAAUUGAUGGAGGUGCAGCCGCAUUGUUUACUGAAGAAUUCGAUGACGACGCCGUCGGCAAGUAUCCAGCGCUCCAAGAGUAUGAUGACGUCAUCGUCGUCGUCGAUGGGCUGCCGCAGCUACAACAGCAAAGCGCAGCACGCGACGCGGUUCACGAGUGGCAGCAACGCCCGGCUGCAGCAUCACGCCGUGGAGAUCCAUCAUCCGGACGACGGAAGCGGCGGCGCUGGUCCGCCACACUCGUCACCAGCGGCGCCAGCCACGUCGCCUUCAUCUUCCUCCAUGGAACGGCAUCAGCAUCAGCAACGGGACGAACAAGCCAACAAUUCGCUGACUUCUUCAUUUCGCCAAGCAGCUUGCCGGCAGCAAUUGAGGGAGACGAGUUUCCAACUGAGUCAUCAGUUAAAUGCCAUCCUGCCGUCGGCAGAGGAUUGUCCGGCCUCCACGCCGUCCAUCACCGCCACCACCAGCACCGUCCAGCAGCGCAAGCGAAUCAACAUGGCCGGCGUAUCCAACGAGAACGGUCGCCUCCCUCUCAUCUCGUCCCUCCACUCGGUUGGCAAGUCGCCGGAUAAUGGUGGCCAUGGCCAUCAUUCGACCAGGGCGACGUCGUCAAGUCCGCCAGCGACUCCUGGGCGACGUUGUCCAGCUGCCGUUCAGCAGCAGCACCACCACCACCACGGCAACAGCGGCCAGCACCAGUUCCAGAGCCCCAACAGCCCGAUCAACUCGCUCAAUCUCGCACAGUUGCGACGGGCCAGAGCCAUCGCCGUCGAUCGGAUUUCCCGCACCGGCUUCCCGCUCAGCUUCUUCCUCCUCAACGUUAUCUACUGGAGUGUUUUCCUCAACAGCGGAGACGAUCUGAAUUUCCCCUCACCAACCACUGGCCAGCCGUGAAAAAAACAAACAAAUAUUAUUCAUUUUAUUUUAACGAUAAGAUUUUUUUUUUAAGUCAUUAUAUACAACAAUUUUUAACACAGUUAAAUAUUAAAAAAAAACUACGGAAUUCAGUAUCAUAGGAUUAUAGCAGUUAAUUCAAAGGGUGCGACAUGCUUUUUUAAUUGCUAUGACGCAAUUCAUUUUAUAAAAAUAUAUUUACAUCACACCACCACUCUAUAAAACACUAUCUCCUCACCGUUCAACAAAAAUAGUGAUUGCAUUAACUAUAUUACCCCAAAAAUAAUAUAUAUAUUUACUUAUAGAGUUGAACACUAUACUUGGAAAUAUUUAAUAUAAUUAAUCCACCUGCAUAGCAAUUUUGUAACAAAAUAAAUAGCCUCCAACACUU